AUGCCAGGCCUUACCAUCGGAGACACUAUUCCUGAUCUUGAAGUUGAAACAACCCAUGGCAGAAUCAAACUCCACAAAUUCUGUGCUGAUAGCUGGACUCUCCUCUUCUCUCACCCUGGUGAUUUCACACCAGUGUGUACCACCGAGCUUGGUAAGAUGGCUCAGUAUUCUAAGGAGUUUUAUCAACGAGGAGUUUUGCUGUUGGGUUUGUCUUGUGAUGACCUUCAAUCCCAUAAUGAGUGGAUCAAAGACAUUGAAGCCUACACUCCAGAUGCUAAGGUGGAUUAUCCAAUCAUAGCUGAUCCAAGCAGAGAAAUCAUCAAGCUACUCAACAUGGUUGAUCCUGAUGGGAAAGACUCCACCGGUAACCUACCAUCCAGGGCACUUCAUAUUGUUGGCCCAGAUAUGAAGAUCAAGCUCAGUUUUCUGUACCCAGCAACUACUGGAAGGAACAUGGAUGAAGUGUUGAGGGUGAUAGAGUCAUUGCAGAAGGCCUCAAAGUUCAAGGUUGCAACACCAGCAAACUGGAAGCCAGGGGACCCAGUUGUGAUUUCACCUGAUGUGACAAAUGAGCAAGCAAAAGAAAUGUUCCAUCAAGGUUUUGAGACUGUAGAUCUCCCAUCAGAGAAGGAAUAUAUGCGUUUCACUGAAGUUUGA